AUGGCGGACACGAUGGACGAGAGUCAGAUAAAAAAGGAGGACGCGAUGGCCGUGUAUCAGAACAUACAGGCGUCGGGGGCACGGCCAACCCUGUAUGGGUUUCCCGGGAAAACUAAGAGCACGGUCUGGGGACACUUUGGAUUUUACAUGGGAGAGGAUGGACAUCUCGAUAAAUCGCACGCUAUCUGUCGUCACUGCUACACGGCGGUACGAUACUCCGGGAAUACCACUAAUCUACACACACACCUCGCUCGGCACGGGUACGGCGGCAAGAAACAGCCACACCCUCUGGCGGAUGUCUCCGGGCUUACCUCACCUAUCGCUAAACCAAGAAUCUUGCCGAGUCCAACGGAUGGAGAGAAUAUAGUAACCAGCGCCCAGAAAGAUACAUUCCAUCCGCUGAUAUCUGAAGUGUACGGAAACACCCUGAGGUCCCCUUUGGCGCUGAAUACGAUGAUCGCCGAAUAUCUGAUUGACCGCUUUGAGGCGCCGGAAGCUGUGGACAACUCUGCUUUCGUCAAUAUGAUGUUAGCGGCGGAUCCAUCAUUUGACCACGAGAAAUGUCGACGAUUUUGUGAAUCAUUUAUGUCGCAGCACCACGAUAUCCUAAACCAUUCUUUAUCUGACAUUCUGAAAAAUUGUGAGGCAGUGGCCCUAACGUACGAUAAAUGGACCUCAGCAUCGCGGGAAAAUUACGUCACUUACAACGUUCACGUGGUCAACACAUUGUGGGAAGUGGAAACUUACACCCUAGCAACCAACUCCGAUUGUGGCAGCGUAACGGAGGAUCUGGAAAAAAUUAGGAACAAAUGGGACUUUCAGGAAUCCAUGACGGUUUUAUCUAUUGGGGAUGUAAGACAGUCGAAUCAUUCCAAUAUACAGGUCGUCCAUUGUUUAGCCGAAGCUAUAAACACAGCAGCACUUGCUGGCCUCGAUCUGGAAUCCGUCAGAGAGGUCAUAUCCGGCGUUGAGCGAAUACAGAAACAAUUGGUGCAAAGCUUCAGUGACGACAGAUCUGAUUCGUCCACAUUUAUUGCUACACAAGAUAAACAGAACCGCCAUGGCUGGUUAUUUACUUACGACGUCUUGACAAAACUGAUGGAGCAGAAAGAAUUAAUCACAUUAAUGAAGAAGGUCGACGAUAUUGACUGUGACGUCUUCUGUAAGCGACUUGAUGACGUGUGCGCUGUACUGGGACCCUUGAAGACUGCUGUAGAUUUAUUGUGCUCGCAGAGACCCAUCAUUGCCUCGAUGAUUCUACCCAUCAUAAAGAAACUUCAAGUUUCUCUCUCACCGAAAACUAGCGAUUCAUCCGUCGUCAAGGACUUUAAGGAAACAAUAUGGAGGACUUUAUAUUCAGCUUACUCCGAUGCGAAUGUUAGAAAGUUCCUUCUAGUUGCCAGUUUUCUAGAUCCAAGAUAUAAAGACCUCCUCUUCGUGGAGAAAGAAGAGCGCGUUCUCGCACGUGAUGUGUUGUCGGAGGUAGCGACAGAGCUGUACCGCCGUGGGUCGGACACUUCCGGCGAGGAGGAGAUCGUGAUACAGAGUGAAAAGGGCGGGUCUCCGUGUUCUGUCAUUGUGAUCAACAACGAGAGAGACUACGAACCAAGCGCAAAGAAGCUAAAAAAUGAUGACAAGGAAGAGAAUGCAACAACUUCUUCUAAAUCAGACGACUGGCUUGCUGACGUCAUAGGUAGCAAGAAAUCAACAAUGAACACGGCCAAGGAGGAGGGGGUGUUGGCUGAAAUUGAUCAGUACCACACCAUGGAGCAGAGAACCACAUCUCCGUUUGUGUGGUGGAACCACCGCCAAUCAAUCUUCACCACAUUGUCACGUGUCGCGAAGACCUACCUCUGUGUUCCCGCCACUUCUCGAUCACCUGACCAGAUGUUUGUGGCGGAAGCUGACAGGGAUGGAUCUCAGCGGAGGCUGCUGUCGAGUGAUCACGUGGACAGACUCGUGUUCCUACACAACAACUACUUCAAAUUAAAGAACUAA